GGUGGUAAAAAAUCGUCACAUCAAAGUUGGUAUUCGACGCGUUUGCUUCGUUCUUCGAAGUUGUGCUGUGUCGGGUGUAGUCAAAGCAAAGCUUCACUUAUCGGCAGAGUGAUUUAAUUAGUGAUAAGGCGCGAGUUGAGAUGGUUUGAGUGUUUUGUGACCGGUGAGCGAAAUUCCACAGUGACAAAGUUAAAGUGGUCUGAGUCAUAAUGGCUUUGGGUAACGGGAGCACUCCGAACGGGGGUGUUACCCAGGAGAAGGCCCCCGUCGUCAAUGGCACCAACAUGGAAACGCUUCCGAGGGCUGGAAAACAGACUGACCCGAAUACAGCUUUUCUGAGGGCAGCGAGGGCCAAUCAAUUGGACAAAAUUCAAGAAUAUUUGGAUUCUGGGACAGUCAGGGAUAUUAAUACGUCAAAUGCGAACGGUCUGAACGCUCUACAUCUGGCUGCAAAAGAUGGUCAUGUCGAGAUUGCCCGAGAACUGCUAAAACGAGGUGCUAUAGUUGACGCUGCCACCAAAAAGGGAAAUACGGCACUUCACAUAGCUUCAUUGGCGGGACAAGAAGAAAUCGUGAGGUUGUUAGUUCAGCAUGGUGCUUCUCUUAAUGUACAAUCACAGAAUGGAUUCACUCCACUCUAUAUGGCCGCUCAAGAGAAUCACGAUGGUGUUGUUAAGUAUUUGCUAUCGAAAGGAGCAAAUCAGACGUUAGCUACUGAGGACGGUUUUACACCGCUUGCUGUAGCAAUGCAACAAGGCCAUGACAAAGUCGUUGCCGUUUUACUCGAGAACGACACAAGAGGAAAAGUAAGACUCCCAGCUCUGCAUAUAGCCGCAAAGAAAGACGACGUUAAAGCGGCAGCUUUAUUAUUACAAAAUGAACAUAAUCCAGACGUAACGUCCAAAAGCGGCUUCACACCGUUGCAUAUAGCUGCUCAUUAUGGCAACGAUAAAGUGGCAUCAUUGUUGUAUGAUAAGGGGGCUGAUGUUAAUUAUGCAGCGAAACAUAAUAUUACACCAUUACAUGUGGCUAGCAAGUGGGGCAAAAAUAAUAUGGUUACGUUACUAGUGGCUAAAGGUGCAGAUAUUCAGGCGAAGACGAGAGAUGGACUUACACCUUUACAUUGCGCUGCACGGUCCGGACAUGAUCAAGUUGUGGACAUGUUGCUGGAAAAUGGGGCCCCGAUGCAUGCGAAAACGAAGAAUGGUUUAGCCCCGCUUCACAUGGCAGCUCAGGGCGAACACGUGGACGCAGCUCGUAUCCUCCUCUACCACGGUGCUCCUGUCGAUGAAGUCACAGUAGAUUACCUAACAGCCCUUCAUGUAGCUGCCCAUUGUGGCCACGUCCGGGUCGCUAAAUUGCUCCUAGACCGUGGUGCUGACCCCAAUGCUCGAGCCUUAAACGGUUUCACUCCCUUGCACAUCGCCUGCAAGAAAAACAGGAUCAAGAUGGUCGAGCUUCUACUCAAACACGGUGCAAGUAUAGGUGCGACGACGGAAAGCGGUCUGACACCGCUUCACGUCGCCAGUUUCAUGGGUUGCAUGAAUAUCGUUAUUUAUUUGCUUCAACACGAUGCUAGUCCAGACAUUCCGACGGUGCGGGGCGAAACUCCACUGCAUUUGGCGGCGAGAGCUAAUCAGACCGACAUAAUUCGAAUCCUUUUACGAAACGGUGCCGCUGUAGACGCUAAAGCUCGAGAAGAACAAACUCCUCUGCACGUUGCUUCCCGGCUUGGAAACGUCGACAUUGUUAUGUUACUCUUGCAACACGGUGCUCAACCCCAUGCCACAACAAAAGACCUUUACACGCCAUUGCAUAUCGCCGCCAAAGAAGGCCAAGAAGAAGUCGCCUCGGUUUUGCUCGAUCAUGGUGCUGAUUUAACGGCAACAACAAAAAAAGGCUUUACUCCUUUACAUUUAGCAGCUAAGUAUGGACACUUGAAUGUGGCCAGAUUAUUAUUACAAAGGGACGCUCCGGCCGAUGCACAGGGAAAAAACGGCGUUACACCUCUACAUGUAGCCGCUCAUUAUGACCAUCAGCCUGUCGCUUUGUUGUUGCUAGAUAAAGGUGCUUCGCCACAUGCGGUGGCUAAGAACGGGCAUACGCCUUUGCAUAUUGCGGCGAGGAAAAAUCAGAUGGAUAUUGCUACUACUUUGUUAGAAUAUGGUGCUCAAGCAGAUGCCGAGUCAAAAGCCGGGUUUACACCAUUGCAUCUCAGUGCGCAGGAGGGACAUUCGGACAUGUCUUCGUUACUGCUGGAACACCAAGCUGAUCCGAAUCAUACAGCCAAGAAUGGCCUCACCCCUUUACACUUGUGUGCUCAAGAAGACCGAGUGGCCGUGGCUCAAUUACUGCUAAGAGCAGGCGCGCAAAAAGAUGUACAAACAAAAGCUGGAUACACACCACUUCAUGUCGCUUGCCACCACGGCCAUGUAAAUAUGGUGCGAUUACUUAUCGAACAAGGUGCUGAAGUGAAUCCCGUCACUAGUGCAGGGUACACACCCUUGCAUCAAGCCGCUCAACAAGGCCACGUUUUGGUUAUUAGUCUCUUACUGAAAAAUAAAGCCAAUCCGAAUGCAAUAACACAGAAUGGACAAACCGCGUUGGGCAUUGCGAAUAAGUUGGGGUACAUCAGUGUGGUCGAGGAACUCAAAGUUGUGACCGAGACCAAUAUAACAACCACCACAACUGUAAACAUUGAAGAGAAAUACAAAGUGAUGGCGCCCGAAGCCAUGCAGGAAACGUUCAUGUCGGACUCCGAGGACGAAGGAGGCGGAGUGGACGAACCGCCCGUGGCUUACGGUCGACCAACGCAUGCUCAGCACGUCUAUCUACCCUUCUACCAGGGACACAUGACCUACACACGCGAUGACCCAAUACUUGGUGAUCAACAGCAGUACAAAUACAUGACAGUGGAUGAUAUGAAAUCUCUGGGAGACGACUCAAUGCGUAUGGACGUAACACGAGACGAAAAAAGUGAUUAUAGAAACUCAAUGGCUCCGUCACAUAUAAGCAAUGAACUUAUAAUAAAUCCCGCCCAUGUGAAGGAAUAUUACACCAGCAAUACGUUCUCAGCUCCUGACAAUGUGGAUAUAAACCGACAACCAAUCACAGUUGGCUUAUGCAGACAAGAGUGGUCCAAUCUAGAAUACUCAUUGCAUCUUCUGGGUCCCAAAAGUCAAGGAUCGGGUCUAUGCAGAGAAAGCUUCUUGGUGUCUUUCUUGGUUGAUGCACGAGGAGGUGCAAUGCGAGGAUGUCGGCAUUCAGGCGUUCGUGUUAUUGUCCCUCCUCGUUGUGCUUCGAGUCCCACAAGAAUCACGUGUCGGUAUAUUCGGCCCCAAAAGACGCCCAAUCCUCCCCCUUUGAUGGAGGGCGAGGCUUUGGCGAGCAGACUUUUGGAGUUGGGACCUGUCGGUGCCAAAUUUUUGGGACCGGUUAUUAUCGAAGUACCGCAUUUUGCGUCUUUGAGGGGAAAACAACGGGAGAUUGUUGUUUUGCGCUCCGACAACGGUGAGACUUGGAAAGAACAUACUUUAGAGGCCAACGAAGAGGCGAUUCAGGACGUACUCAAUCACAGUUUUGACGGAGAAGAACUGAGCCAAAUCGAAGAUCUUCACACGAACCGAAUUACACGAAUCUUAACCAACGACUUCCCGCACUAUUUCGCGGUCGUAUCCAGAAUUAGACAAGAAAUUCAUGCCAUCGGUCCAGAUGGCGGCACUGUGUCAAGCAGCGCCGUUCCACUUGUUCAAGCUGUCUUCCCACCCAACGCUCUUACGAAAAAAAUCCGAGUUGGACUUCAAGCGCAAGCAAUUGAGCCCGAAUUGGUGUCCAAACUGCUAGGUCACGGUGUUGCGGUUUCACCGAUUGUUACAGUGGAACCAAGAAGGCGCAAGUUCCACAAAGCCAUCACUUUGAGUAUGCCGGCACCAAGGGCACACUCUCAAGGAAUGAUAAAUCAGUAUUCUGGAUCAGCACCGACGUUACGCUUGUUGUGUUCUAUCACAGGAACUAAAUCAGGCGGCCAAAAUAAAGCAGUUUGGGAGGAUGUCACCGGUUCAACACCUCUUACAUUCGUCAAAGAUUGCGUAUCUUUCACAACCACAGUAUCUGCACGUUUCUGGCUGAUGGAUUGUAGAAACGUAUCGGAUGCUGCACGAAUGGCCACCGAUUUAUACAACCAGGCUGCCCACGUCCCAUUCAUGGCCAAAUUCGUAGUUUUCGCCAAACGCGUCAGUCUUUUCGAAUCGAGAAUUCGCGUAUUCUGCAUGACUGACGAUAAAGAGGACAAAACGCUCGAACAUCAGGAGCAUUUUGUCGAAAUUGCCAAAAGCCGAGACAUUGAAGUGCUCGAGAACAAGGACGUUUUUAUGGAAUUUGCGGGGAAUUUGGUGCCGGUUUUGCAAUCCGGUGAACAGCCAAGGCUAGGGUUUAAAGCGUUCAGGGAGAAUCGAUCCGCUUUUACUAUGAGACUCCGGGAUCCGGACGAAGAGCCUGUCGGACGCAUUGUGUUCAUGAGUGAUUCCAAAGUGGCGAAAGGAGAGCCAAAUCAGACGCCUCUGUGUACUCUUAAUCUCGUCCUGCCGAAGGAGAUACUCCCAGAUCGGGAUUCGCAGUCGGACUUGCUUUCACUUGAUGUUGAUAACAGCUUUUUGCAUCAUGGAGGCAUAAGUAAACCCGACACAAUCCAUCGAGCUGACUUCCGAAUAUCCGACAUUUGUAACCUACUUGACGAAGAUUGGGUAAAGCUUGCCGCCGAACUCGACAUAACUCCGACCGAUAUUUCACUGAUAAAAGAGGAGUAUCCGAAUAAUAAUCCCCAACAAGCGAUGAUAAUGUUCCGGUUGUGGUUGAGACAAAAAGCGAAUAAAGCCACUGGAAAUAAACUGGAAUUGGCUUUGAAGAAAAUUGGACGACCUGAUAUCGUCGCCAAAUGUAUUUGCAACGUCGAGCUCGUCACCGAUGACAUGGAGAAGGCUUUGGCUAAAGUGCGUCUGGAUCAGUCCGGAUUUGACACGCUGAAGGAUGAACUGGGCUCUUCCAGGGAUACAUCACUGAAACGUAACGCAAGCCUCAGCAAGUAUUCUAAGGGCAGCCAGGAUGAGCUGGACAAAAGCGACAGAAGCAAUGAUUUUCACAAUCAGAAUUCGACCGACAAAGACCUCACCGACACAACCAGCGACCACCUCUCAAUGAAAAAAGACCACAAACCCGAAAAUCAACUCGACAACAGAACCACUUCACCCAACGCCAAUCACGAAGUCCUCGAAGAAAUAACCCACCAACUAACAAACCUCCAAACCACUCCCAAACUAAAAGUCGACACAAACGCAAACACACCUCCUCCAAGCCCUGCCGAAUUCCACUUCGACAAGGAAGCCAACUUCACCCAAGGAGUCAACGAAGAAAUCAUAACUUCCACACCUUUGAAAACAACGAAUCAAUGCGACGAUUUCGUCGAUCCAAUCGCCGUUCUUAAAAAGAACGUCAGUGAUACUUUGACUUUUUUGCACCAGGAACGUAACGAUUUCUUACCAGAGGACGAUAUUAUCAUUCCGAGUCGCAAAGACGACCACAUUUCGCGUAAAAUCAACCUUGAUAGCAUUAAUUUGAAAAAUCAGAAGAAAAGCGACUUGAAAAAUGUGGUAGAAAGCGAAGUGGACGACGUUAUUAAAAAGGCUGAAUGCGUGGUCAACGAACUAACCGAAAAAACCGACAGUUUGUUGGACGAUUGUAAAAAUGCGACGGAAGAUUCGUUAGAUAAUUUGGACAGUUUGAAAGACGACUCGAUUUCAAACGCUCAGGAAGCGUUCAGAUUCCUUGAAAACGAAAUAAGUAGUCCUCCAACACCAGUCAAAGACCAUGACGAGUCAAAUAAAUUCGUAACUUUUUCAGAAGAGUUCGAUAAAUCGAACAGAAACAAUAGUGCAAUCCCGGUGGCGAAGCCACGAAAAGUCGAAAAAGAGAAAGAUAUAGACUUGCUAUUUUCGCUGAAUGGGCGCGAGUCAGUGUCGCCAACCGAUGACGAUUUGCUGAGCAAAAUCCCGAUUAAGGGCGGCAAAGUCAAAACGAUUAAAAAACACUCGAAAGACCCCCUUAAAGAGUUCGUCAAACUGGCCCAGGAAGUGAACUGGGACGACAGUGACGACAUCACCAGUGACCCCAUCGUCAAAACCACCCCCACUCGCAUCACUACCACUGAGCCGGUUGUAGAAAAAACAAAGAGUAAGAUUCCGGUGCUUCACACUGAGUCGCUCUCGCCGACUGAGAUCACCGAACGCUAUGAGGUGUCUCCAAAGAGUAAGAUACCGAUUUUGCGAACCGAAACGACGAGAAUAACGUCGCCUGAGACAACGACUUUCGUCGAACGUACGAUUAUUUCGCCGACGCAAGUCGUCGAAACGACGGUCGUUUCGCCAGGGUCGAAGAUUUCGACGAAGAGUAGCACGCUUGAUUCGGACUCGGACGAAGAUAGUCCGAGGAGUCCGCCUUUGAAAGGCAUUUUGAAGAAGACUGUGGGGAGUUCGAGCGGUUCGGAUGUGGCGCUGCAUGAAGAAGGCGCCGAAUUGAGUGAGAGUGAGACAGGAGUGGAUUUUUAAACGUCCAGUGAUAACGUCCACGAGGUGAAAUAACUGAAUCGACUUUUACGAAAACGAGUUGAAUACAACAUUUUAUUCUUCAAAUUUGACUCAACAAGGCUUAAAAUUGCUUUAAAUCUGUUAAAAAUAAUUUGACGUUUCAUAUUGAGAAAUGCCAAAUAGUUCAGUCAAAACUUUCUUAUACAGGAGAAAAACCGUAAAUUUUGACAUUGUCGAAGAAUAAAAGUGUUUUCUUGCAGUGUUAUAUUUUAGUCGCUUCUUAACGAAACUUUUAAAUGAAUAGCAGUUGACACUUUGACGUUUAUUAUCAUUCAAUUGAUCUGAUUUUGCUUCAACUUUGUUUAUACAAACAAAGCGUCCUUAUUUAAACCUAUAAAGCUCUAAAGGGUGUAUCAGAAAUACCUGUGUUAAUUUUACUACGUAAUAAAACUCAUCAAAUACAACAAAUGAAACAUGAAUAAACAAUAAAUGUUGGAAUAACACUAUCGCUCUUGUCGUUGGUGUGACAUCUAGACACUUACAGUGUUUCCAAAAUUAUACCAAAUUUUUUUGCCCGGCGCCUCCACCAUUUUUAACGUAACUUCUUUUAUUUUUGAUAUCCACAUGCAAUGAGAAAAGUGGCAGUAAAUUAAUUUUUGGUGAAGAUGUGAUUUAUACAGGGUGUAUCAGAAAUACCUGUGUUAAUUUCACCACGUAAUAAAACUCAUUAAAUACAACAACUUUUAUGUAUAACAUUUUCCAAAAUUCUUAAUUAUUAUUUUCCUUUAUUUCCUCUUUUCUUUUGUUCACACUAGCCGCUCAAUGUUUAAUGAUCAGUUUUAUAUUCAUAGCAACAAUCUUUAUUGUUGUUUUAUAUUGUUUAAAUUGUCCGUUUCUAUCACAACGAAAAUAGUUCGGCUCUUUUAUUUUUGUACCCAUAGGCGGGUACACGUUUCAGUAUGUUAUCUUUUUCCAUAUUUUAAGUAAAUAUGCGAAUUUUUUAUUGAAAUAUUACAAAUAGAAAAGAUGUUUUAUGUUAUGUUAAAAUUAAGACACUUAUCUCUGAUACACCCUGUAUUUAAAGCAAAUUCCAAAUGCUUCUGCACACAACAAAACCACUGUAAAAAACAAAAAAUUAUGCAUACUUAAUAAAUCGUAACAUGUAUAACCCAACUCAUUUCUCAUUACAAUUAUAACUACAAGUUGCAAAAGGAAAUCACUUAACCAGUGAAGACCACAUAAGUAAAUAAAUAAAACAAUAAAAGCCUUACCAAAAAUGUUAAAGCGCAUUUAAUAAUAAAACAAUGUUUAUUUUAUAGGUGUCGCUAUGUUUUAACUGGGGUUUAAAUUUAUCUUUCCUUUAAGUAUAUUACCAGAAACUAGACCUAAGACUUACUAAUGUCUAGAUAAAAUUUGCAAUUUUUUUUAAUUUUUACACGGGACAUAUUAUUUUGAUAAAAAUCUAUUAGGAACACUGAGUUAUUGGCCUUCCUUCUAGUUAAACUAGUAAGUUUGUUUAUCAGAAGUGAGUGAUAGUAAUUGUGUAUAAAAUUAUUGAUAUUUUUGAAUUUGAUAGUCCAGGUUGCAAAAUUAAUACUAUUGUAAAUUGGUUACCAACUUGAGGUCCGUUGGCAUUCCUUUUUUCUUUUACUUGAUAUAUAGGUCGGUACUAAAUUCGUCAUUAGAAUCCAAUCAUAACAGAAACAGAAAGUCUAAAUUUGUAACCUUUUUGACCCCGAAAAUUUAAUAGUUUUGGUAUUUUUUCUAAAGAUUUGAAAUGGAAUCUGAAGACAAUCAUAUCAUGACAAAACGGUCUACAAUUAUAUAAUCGUUUUGUUAUCAUAAUAAGUGUUACCAACUUAAUUUUAAAGCCACAAAUCACUUUGGUGACAAAUUUAAUUGAAGGCAUGGUAGUUCCAACAUCUGUUUUAAAUUGCAAUCAAAUAAUUUUUUUGUUUUAAACAAAUGACAAGUUGCUAAUGAAAAUAGAAAAGGAUGAAAAAAUAAAUAAACAUUGCUCAAUUAGGAGUUCGCUAAUAGUUGUAGGAACAUUUAAACAAAGAUUUCAAAAACAUUGAGAUAUUUAGAUUGUUUCAUUAAAAAAAAAUAUGGGUGUACAAAGCUAAAAUUUAAAUACAAGGUGUCUCACCUGAAAGUGCAAAUAUUUUGGCUAUAGAUCUUUUUCUAUAAACCAUUUUCUAUCACUGUGAUAUUGUGCUGAAACUACUCGAAAACGAUAGACCCAUUUUACAAAAAAAAUCCAAAAAAAUUCUACACUGAGUGGUCUUUCAAAUUUUAGAAAUAAAGAUAACUUUUGGUGGCUAAUAAUUCCACAAACAACCUUUAUUAGAAAAAACAUACUUUUUUUAAUCCUUAAUUGUGGUUAAAAUAUUUGCACUUCCUCGCAAGACAUACUGUAUAUUUAAAUUGCAAAUUUAUAAAUUAGAAAAUUAUUUGAUACGGAAGCAUGUUUAACAUUUAUCGUUUUAUUAACAACAUGUGAAUUAAUGCAAUGUCGCCCAAGGAGCACUUUGUGUCCAAAUAAUAGACGUAUUGCACUUGUUGCAUGAUUAGCAUUUGUUUGCAUAACUUCUUACAAUAAUAAAUGUCUUUUGUUUACUGUCUAACCAUUAAAAUUAACAUUAACUCUUACAACUUACUCUAACACCUAAACCAAUAACUACCUUGAGUUGAGCCUCAUUUGUCGAGCGUUUUUUUUUUGUUUUGUUUAAUGUUAAUUUCGAUGGUUUCAAUAAUGCAACUUCAUUAACUUU